CCUUGCCGCCCCGCCUCUUUCUCCCCAGCUAACCGUCGCGCGCCUGGCUACCCGGAGUCUCGGGGUCUCGCCUUGUGUUUCGUCCCCGUUGGGGCACAGAUCGAUGUGUCGAACUCGGGAUGUGAUUGGCUCGGGUCCGGGACGCCUUUGGGAUCCCCGACACCAGUGGAAUCGAGUUGACCAUGUUUCGGCUAAAGCGGGGCAAGAACCCGGUGCAGGAUGGUUUUAACGUGCUCAGCACCAGUCAGUUGCGAGACCUCUUACAGGACGAGAGCAAAAUGGAGCAGAUUGUUAGACUGAGCCAAAAGUUUCAGGAACUGCAGGAAGAUCGAGAUACCAUACUACUGAGCAAUCGCAGUCUUGCAGAGAAGACAUUGUCUCACCAGCCAGAGUUUGAUAAUGGAAAGCUGAAGCUUGCUGACAAGUACCAGGAACUGGAGCAGUUAAUGCAAUCUUGUCGAGGAAAACAGGAGCGCCUGGAUGCCUACAUGGAAAAGAGGAGCCUGCAGGCAGCUCAGACUCUUCUCCAGUCAGAGGUGGACCAGGCAGAGCAGCAGUCUGAGAAACUCUUGGAACAAUUCAUGGAUGGUAGUUUGGCUUUGGAAGACUUUUUGGAAUCAUUUCAGAAAUCCAGAAAGGUUUGUCAUAUCCGACGUGCCCAGUCUGAAAAAGCUCAAGAAUUAGGGCGACAGGACAGAAACUUGAGAAGGUUGUGCCAUCCAGACGACACAAGAACCACCGAGCAAGAGUCCACCUCCUUGAAUAGUUGCCCAAUUCAAGCACCACCUCGGGUUUAUCAGGUUCGUUAUGGACUCACGCCAGCAAUUCUUGUCCCUUCUUUUCCUUUACCUUCUGCCCCAGGUUCGGGGACCAGCACCAAUUUGCCACCCCUGAGUGUCCAUACAGGGCAUCCUCAGGUUUUUCGACCCGGCUCUCCCCACUCAGGGUUAGGCGUACCUGUGGGGCUUAGGGUGAUUGGACAGAUUUCUGGAUGGCCUCCCAGGUCAGCGCGGACCAAGCAGCUUCACCAUAAGAAUAAACAGCAUCAGCAAGGACCCCCAUACCGAUGACAUAUGGCAGAAACUUGAUUACAAGUUAAUCUUAUGAAUGCAAUACAGUUUGAUCAUCAUUUCCAUGCUUUGGUCCUCUGCCAUUUGCUGUUUAUGAAUGAAGAUCAAGUGUAGGGAUUUUACUAAGGACUGAGGAAUUAAGGAAUGUUUCUAACCAAAAAAUGUGUUUUAAUGUGUAGUGACCUCAUAUUCAUUCUGUACAGGGUGGGUCGGCAGCUAACCGUGGCUCAUACUUGCCCGGUUUUGAAUUUCUGCUGUUGGCCUACCCCCAAGAUGGUGUGCCUUCCACGGUGAAAGACAUCAUAAAAGAAAAGGAUGAUAAAAUAGACUAUAUAUUUAAUGACAGUAGACUUGGCUCUUUUUGAAGAUGGCCUCCAGGCACACCAGUCUCAUUGCAUCAGGAUUAUGGAAUCUGAUGUGGCUGAUUAUCCUGUUAAUGUAUUAAGAUGUUAUUAUUUAAAAUGUAUUAUUCAUGUAAAAAUGAUAUUUUGUGUACAAAUUACAUCUUAGAGUUAGCGAAAGUUACAGAUCAUAUAUUAAUUUGCCAGGGCUCAAGGUUUGAACUACAUCUUUGGGGUAGCGCAAAACAUCUCAACAUCAAACUCUUGUGUAAGUUACAGGCAUACUGUAUGUGUGUCCUUUAUCCAUAUUUGUAUCUGUGUUGUUCAUUUUGAGAGGUGUCUUCUAAUUUGAAAAGAAAAAAAAUACUUGAAACCCUUUACUUUUUUCAUAAUCAGUAUAAAUAACACCAAGGUGACUUG